CUUCCUUACAUCAAUUUGGUCAAAUUCAACAAAAUAUACAAGAAGGCGAAACAUUGGAUGAAUCUGAAUUUAUCUUUUUAUCUAAAAAAUCUAAAAGACAUCAUGAAGAUUCAGUAAAUAAAGGAAUAGAAUUCAUAACUGAUGAUCAAAAUACUGAGUUUUCUUCAGAGGAUACUAUAUCAACAUCAAUUAGCGAUGAGGAAAGUUUUAAAUUUGAAGACUACUCAUAUUCUA